AUGUGGAUCCUGGGCAAGAUCAGGGAGAGCGUGGAGAGCAUUCCUCUGGAGCUGAAUCGCUACGUGGGAAACAGUGAAGAGGACGUCUUCUUCCUGUCUAAGGCCAGCCUCUCUCAGAAUCUGCACAGCAACAUCAUCACACCGGACAACAUCCCCAAAUUCUGCCUGCCUCCUCGGCUUUGCAAGAGAAGCCCACCGCCGGAAGCUCAACCAGACCUGAGCAGUCAAAACCAAACAACGAAGAGCAGCACGGCUUCUAAAGUUAUACAGACAAAAGUGAAGGCGAAACCAAAGAAAGAUGACGCCUCAGAGACUUGGAAAGCUAAAAAGAAGCCUCUGCCGUUCUCAGCAGAGGGUUACGGCCUGGCUGGGAUUUAUGAGAGCCCCAACACUCGAAGGAAGGAGUCUUUGUUCCACUCAAAGUCUCCAGUGUACGUGUUUGAAAGGAGCAUCCCUACUAUGCCACCAAGGCAAGCAAAGGAGGCAAACGAAACCAAGAAAGCCUUUUCUGGUUUCCUCCCGCUGUUCUCGUGCAAAAGCCUGUCAGAAACAGACAACAGAGAAGGAGAAACUACUUCCUCUGCUGAUUCUGCUCCUUUUUGUUCCUCCYACAGCAUCAAACCCUUCAACUGCAGCCCAACAAGAAGUGAGCGUCUUAAAGAAACCAAGUCCUGCCCUUCAUUAAUCAACAGCUCAAGUUUCAAAGUCUCUCCGUCCACAGAGAGUCUAUCCCCACCUGUCCUCUUCCCGUUGGACCUCCUGCACUGCCAGGAGAGACUCCAGAGUGAACAUGUCCUCCCCCUGCAGGGACGUGGCAGAGUUCGACUCGCCGCCGAGCGAACGGCCUUCUCGGGCAACCCCUUCUGCACAGUCAGAGUGCGCCUGGUGUGCGUGGAAGGGCUGAGCGAGGAGGCGGAUCGGCAGAGCCCGAACUGCAAGGUGAGCCUGUGUCUGAUGCCGGGGAAGCUGCAGCAGCAGGAGAGCRCCACCAUCAGGAACUGCCGCAGCCCCGUGUUCAAUGAAGAUUUCUUCUUCACGGAGCUGAGGCACCAAGAUCUGCUGGAACUGCAGCUCAGGUUGAAGGUGGUGGAUAAACCUGCAGCUGGGUCUCUGAGGAGGGGAACGCUGAUUGGAACUGUUAGUAAACCUCUUACUCUGUUACUUCCCAAUCAGUAG